AUGGUAUCCCUCCAAAUUCUAUCUCUGGCCGAAAUUGCCAAACACAACACUGCAGAGGACUGUUGGAUCAUUAUUGAGGGGAAGGUCUACGAUGUGACCAAAUACGCCCCGGAUCACCCUGGGGGCGCUGAGGUCCUCUUCAGUGUGGCCGGUGUAGACGGAACAGACGGUUUCAACGACAUUGGGCAUUCCACGGAUGCUCGGAAAGAACUAGAGACAAUGUUAAUUGGCACAUUAGAGGGCGCACCGGUAACUUGGCCAUACCAUCCUCCCCCCUAUAUGAAGCUGUCUACUGACUCGACCAGGUUGCUGUUCUCAAUGAAAAGGCUCCUGAGCACACAAAGGCCGAUCCGAGACCUGCUAUAG